AUGGACCUCGUGCCAACAGGUGAUGCCGCGGUCCCUCGUGAGGAGGUACCAGCAUUUGUCGAAGUGGACGAUUAUGGUAACCGGGUGCGGGAUAUUGUGUACAUCUUCCUUGGUCGACUAAUCGAUCCGUCUUUGCGGCCACCAGGGGCUACAGACCCCGAUGCGUUAGAAAGGUUGCAGUAUAUCGUCCGACAGCUAGAACGUAUCAGCACUUGCACUGACUGGUCUACAUGCGUGGUGCGGUGGAAUGACUUUCGUCUCUUCGAUGAGGAUGCUAGCUCCACCAUUGAGGAAAACUAUCAACGCUUCUCGCCCUUCAUGGACGCUGCACUGCAUCAGGUCCUAUCGCAGUAUUAUGCGGAGGACUAUGUGAACCGCGGCAGGUGUAGCCCCAAUCUUGUCUUUUCUUACGUUCCGCGUUGUUUAAGUGUUCGCAUUCUGCGUGCAUCGCUUGUGGGGCAGUUGUGCUCUAUCAAAGGUGUAGUCACGCGUACGUCACAGGUUCGUCCCGAGCUUCUUGUGGGUGUGUUCCGUUGUAAUGAUUGUGGAACUGAGAGUAGUGCGAUCCCCCAGCAGUUUCACUACACGGAACCUCCAGCAUGCCGAAAUCCCCAAUGCGAAAACAAAAACCGUUUUCAGUUGCUUCCAACACAUCCGCAAACAAAGUUUGGCGAUUGGCAGAAAAUCCGUUUGCAGGAGGAUACAAACAAUAUCCCCGCAGGUUGCAUGCCACGCACGAUGGAGCUCAUCGCCCGCAACGAUGCUGUGGAAGUAGCGAAGCCCGGUGACCGGAUUGUGGCCGUGGGAUGCCCCAUCGUCGUACCGGAAGUGAUGAAACUGUUCAACCAGGCGAACCGACGCGAGGUCCAGCGCGAGAUGUCUAGCACUCAACGUGCUCAUCAGGAGGCACAGCAGAAUCUGGAGGGUGCCACCGGCCUUCGCGCACUUGGUGUUCGUGAACUCAACUACCGCAUGUGUUUUUUAGCUACUACCAUAACAAGCGCCAAUGGAGAUGAUCGCAAGAUGACGGAGGCGAUUAAGGAUUCCGGAGAUGGUGCUGCAGAGCGAGAACAGGUUAGUCUCACUGCUGCUGAGAUGCAGAAGGUGCAGUUGAUGCGUGGUAGUGCCAACCUUCUGAAAGCGCUCACGGGUUGCAUUGCACCGAAUAUCUUCAAGCAUGACGUUGUGAAACUAGGACUCCUGCUUCAAAUGGUUGGUGGUGUUUCCAAGAACACGGUGGAGCGGAUCGGGUUGCGCGGUGACAUCAAUGUUUGCAUUGUUGGGGACCCAUCUACUGCCAAAUCUCAAUUCUUGAAGUGGGUAGCAAGUAAUGUCACGCGCGGUGUGUACACUAGCGGUAAAGCCUCCACGGCCAGUGGUCUGACGGCAACAGUUACACGGGACGCAGACACAGGUGACCGUACCAUUGAGGCUGGCGCGCUUAUGCUUAGUGACCGCGGUGUUUGCUGCAUUGAUGAAUUUGACAAGAUGGACGUGAAGGAUCAAGUAGCGAUACACGAAGCGAUGGAGCAGCAGACAAUUUCCAUAGCCAAAGCCGGUAUCAAAGCGACUCUUAGCGCGAGGACGUCGCUCCUUGCAGCCAUGAACCCUAUUGGUGGAAAGUACGACCGCCGGAAGCCGCUGCAGAAGAACGUGGCGAUGACAGCGCCAAUUAUGUCGCGUUUUGACCUAAUGUUUGUGAUAGUUGACGAGUCCAGCGACGAUGCAGAUUUCGCCAUUGCGGACCAACUUCUGCGUCUGCAUCGAUUUGGCGAUAGCGCCGUUCGUCCACCCUUUUCGACUGAAGACUGUCAGCUCUACCUUCGUUAUGCGCGCUCCCUUACCCCACGCCUAAAGGAGGAGGCGGUUCACCUCAUUGUGGCAGCGUACCGUGAUAUGCGUCUGCAAGAUUCGCUCUCGAACCGUAGUAAAGUAUACCGCGUUACCACACGUUUGCUAGAGAGUAUGAUCCGACUCUCGGAGGCCACAGCAAAACUGUACCUGAGUGAGGAUGUUGAAGAAGCGCAUGUGGAAGUGGCACUCGAGCUGAUGCGACAGUCAUUAUCGACGCUUGAUAUGACGGAAGUAGAGCUUGUUGGUACCGUAGAACCGUUUGAUGUGGCAGCUGUUGGGAUUAAGCCUGAACCACACGAAGAGCAGCAGCCGCAGCAGCAGCCAGAACCACGAUUGGAUUCCACUCGUGGGGAUGAUGGGGCUGGGCAACGGACCAUAGCGCGGCGGAAGGGUAAGAAAGGUGUCUCGGCAUCGACUGCCGAGAGAGGUGUUAGCGGUGGAGUCCCUGGCCAAGCCCCUCAGAAGACUGUGAUUAGCGCAGACCACUACUAUGGAAUCGUCAACCGCAUUGUGACGAGGAUUCAGGCCCUUGGGGAAUCCAAUCCCCCAUCCCGUGCGGAACUGGUAGCGUGGUAUAUGGAGCAGGUUCACUCACUUAACAAAUCGCAGUUGGAAGCAGAGCUUCGUUAUGUGAAUCUUGUUAUCCAGAAGAUGCUGAAAGACGGCAAUCUUCUUGAGGUUGAGCUGAAUGACGGAGAGGGGAGCAAAAUCUUUCUUGACCCAAACUAUAACCCAGAUAUUACGAAGCAGUAG